GGCUGGCACGGGCCCUCAGAACCCGACUGACUGUCCAUCCAGCCUCUCGAAAGUAACAUGAUCGGAACCCUGGCCAAGUUGUACCAACGCCAAGUCGGCAAGAGCCUGCGCCAGCUCGGCCUGCGCUACGACGACGCGCUUGUCGAGGUCGCCGAGGUCAACAAGGCCGUCUCGUGGCUCGGCAAGGAGGAGAAGGUCGCGCGCCAGCGCCGCCUUGUCCGUGCGUCCGACUUGAGCUUCAAGCGCGCGUACCUCCCGGAGGACAUCCAGGCCAUCCAGGAGCCGAUGAACUUUUAUUUGGACGACAAGGUCGAGGAAAUCCGCAAGUUGGGCGAUGAGCGCAACAAGCUGACCAAGUGGUAGAGUCGUUGUCGUGCUUUUGGCCCGCGCGCCAUCGAUUGCCCCAUCACGAACACGCUAGAUGACGUUCAAAUAUAUGACAAUAUGGUAUCGCGGCCC